UCAGCAACACACACUGUUCUGACUUCUGACUCCCUCUAUAUGCCACCGUCGUGAGCCUCUUCAGCUGACACCGGCCAUCACUUGUCCAAAGCGGCAAAACGUGCGAGGCAGUCUGGUUCUCGAAUUGUUCGCCAUGGCUGACAAGAUGCUACUCUCCUUCGCCGCCCUCCUUUCCUUGGUGAUCUUGGCCGCCGGGUCAAGAUCGCCGCCCGGCGUGCAGGCAGUGGCGCUGCAGGGCACGGCGUACGGGAGCUACGAGUGCGUGUACACGAUCUACGUGGAGACCGGGUCGAUCUGGAAGGCUGGGACGGACGCGGUGAUCGGGGUGGCGUUCUGGGGUGCCGACGGCGGCGGCUUCACCAUCGCGGACCUGGUCCGGUGGGGCGGGCUCAUGGGCGCCGGCCGCGACUACUACGAGCGCGGCAACGUCGACGUCUUCAGCGGGCGCGGGCCCUGCCUACCGUCACCGCCGUGCCGGAUGAACCUGACCUCCGACGGAUCCGGCGAGCACCACGGCUGGUACUGCAAGUCCGUCGAAGUCACCACCACGCGGCGGCACGCCGGGUGCGCCAGGGCGGAGUUCGGCGUCGAGCAGUGGCUCGCCACCGACGCGCCGCCGUACCAGCUCUACACUGAGCGGAGCAUCUGCGCAAAGAGUAAGAGCGGUGAUGCCGAGGAGUGACAAGUGAGGGUGUCGGAACCAAAUGUCAGUGUCGGUUCUGUCGUUUUUUGCUGUCGUGGCGAUGCAACUCUUUGAGAUUGUUUGAAGUUUGAACAACUUGGUACAGAAAUCACUUGCCGGUAUUCUUGUACGGCAGGAACGUUCAAGAGUUUCUUUCAGACUUGAGUGAUGAAAAUGGAUUUUGCGUGAAUAAUGUACUGGCUCAAGUGAUACUCUUUUCCCUUGAUUCAAUUUU